GUCGGGCCACGCUACUGGUCGGCGACGAUGACGCGCGAGCACAGGCGACCCGAUCGCGGCAGUCGUUGCAGUGCAAGCGUCAAGCGCGUUGUCAAAAAUGUCAGCGUUAUUGCCGAAAACGUUGAAAACCAUCAAUUCCCUGGAUUUGAUCGAAGAAGUCAAGAAACGUCCGACUAUUUAUGAUUACAAAGGGAUUCCGAACAGCGCGGAUAUAAGGAAAAAAAAGUGGGAAGAGAUUGGGCAUGCGCUGUACGAUGAACUGUGGACGCAGCUCGGCGAACGUGAAAAGGAGUGUUUAGUUAAGGAAAUCCAAAUUAAGUGGAAAUCAUUGAGAGACAACUAUACCAGAAUCCUUAGAAAAGAAAAAAUAGAUGAACUAAAUGGCGUCAAUAAUCCUAAGAAGAAGAAAUACAUUUACUAUGAUCAACUGAUGUUUUUGGAACAAUACUGCUUUUCAAAACCAACUCCCAAAAUAGUAUACGUGGACGAAAUCCAAAAUAGCAACGACAGCAACUUUGACAGCAACUCCUUCGAAUGCGAGGAAAAUACUUUGCCUCCUGGGAUGCAACAGGUUCAAUUCAUACAAAUCCAACCAAGUCCAUCCGUUUCUGUUUCUUCAAUAAAACAAAGCCCAUCAUCUACAAAAGUUGACGAAGAUGGCAAUACAAGGAUCGCCAAGAUUUUAGAGGAGAUGGUUAACGUACAAAAAGAAGACAAAAACGACGAUCCAAUGGGUAAUAAGAAGUUUUUACUGUCUUUGCUACCGUUCAUGAAAAAAUUACCUGAUGAUCUUAAUUUGGAAGUCCGACUGCAGAUAAUGAGCGUCAUUCAGAGCUACAGUGCUGGAAAAUUUGUGUGAUUAUGUUUGUUACUUAAAAAUGUUAUAAGUAUAUUUUGAUAAAUAA